AUGCAGAAGAAAUCUGAAAAUAGAAAGGAUAGCCAUCGCAAAGAGAUUAAUGGCGGUGCCUUCGAUUGUCAUUACAGCGCGGGUCCGGGUGCGCAGGGCCGGUGGGCACGGAGAGGCUGGUCGAGGAGCGGAUGCGAGGAGGAGGGUGUGGAUGAGGAAGAGAAGGAAAAGGAGGAUGCGGAGGAGGAAGAGGAGGAAAAGGAGGAUGCGGAGGAGGAAAAGGAGGAUGCGGAGGAGGAAAAGGAGGAUGCGGAGGAGGAAGAGAAGGAAGAGGAGGAUGCGGAGGAGGAAGAGGAGGAAAAGGAGGAGGACAACGAGGACGACGACAAAGAGGGGGGGAGUCUGUCUAUGUUGUGCAAUAUGGUCUCCUCCGCCUGCCUGCAUUACAUGAUGGGUGGCAGCAGUUUAAUCAAAGUAAGACCUAAUUCGCGGCAGUAUCACCGGUUUUUCUCCCUUUCCGAAGACCUCAACGCCAUUCGGUGGACGCCUACUAGUAAAAAAUCCUCGAAAGCAAUGGUGCCGAUUGAUAGUAUUAAAGAAAUUCGCACCGGUAAGAAUACGGAAGUUCUCCGAUCUCUCGGCCACAAUGAAGACUGCUCCUUCUCCAUUCUCUAUGGGGAGGAUUUUGAAUCAUUGGACCUCGUAGCGGCUACGUCUGAAGAGGCAAACAUCUGGGUUACGGGUCUCAACGCCCUUGUCGGGGCACAGAAAUCUCCCGAUGGCCUUGAAGAAAUGCAAGCUUUGCGGGAGCGUUGGCUGCAAGAAAUGUUCGAGCAGGCAGCGGCAGACAACUCAGGUUACCUCGAUCAGUGUUCGGCCAUUGAUCUAAUACAGAAGUUAAGUGCAAGUGGGAAAGUGAACACUGUUAGAAUACGACAAAAAUUAACGGAAUUUGAUCAGUCGCGAAAUGACGGGAGAAGAGGCACCAUAGACAGCAAGGAGUUCAUUGAUAUGUUUAAAGAAGUGGCAACCCGACCUGAAAUUUACUUCCUACUCAUUAGGUUUGCUAAUAAGGAUUAUCUGUGCGUAGAAGAUCUUCAAUUGUUUCUGGAAGGCGAACAAGGGAUGGGAGAUCUAACGCAUGAGAAGUGUUUGGAGAUCAUCCACCAAUAUGAACCCACUUCCGAAGCAAGAACAAACGGGCAGCUUCUAAUAGACGGGUUCACGAAGUACCUCUUAUCGGAUGAAUGUGAUAUUAUGGAUCCUGCGCAUCUUAGAGUAUGUGAAGAUAUGAACCAACCUAUUGCACAUUACUUCAUAUCGACCUCACAUAACACAUACCUUCUUGAAGACCAACUCAAGGGUCCAUCAAGUGUUGAAGGCAUUGUACGAGCCCUUAGUAAUGGUUGCCGUUGCAUCAAACUUGACUGCUGGGAUGGCAUACACGAGCCGUUUGUCUAUCAUGGAAAUACGCUUACCUCCAAGGUUCCCUUCAGAGACUGCAUUGAAGUCAUCCGAGAGUUUGCAUUUGUGUAUUCUCCCUUUCCUCUAGUUAUUCAUCUGGAAAAUCACUGCAGUGUAGAUCAACAGAAGGUGGUGGCAAAUAUUCUGAGGAUCACUCUAAGGGGCUUGCUGUAUAUACAUCGAGGUGACAGUCAAGUUGAAGUAGGGCAAAUGAGCCCCAAUGAUUUAAGAAACAAAAUCCUCAUUAUGGGCAAGAAACUUCCAUUGGAUUGGAAAGAAGAUAAAGGUGAAGUAACAGAUGAAGACGAAGGAACAGAAACAAACAAAAGAAAAGAAAAACAUAAAAAGAUAGUAAUAUGUAAAGAACUAUCUGACAUUGUCAGCAUAGUUCGUUGCCGUUUUAUUGACUUUCAAACAUCAAAACAAAUACAAACUUCCCAAGAACUGUGUUCUUUGAGUGAAUCAACGGCUGUCAGAUUAGCGCAUGGAUAUGCUGAAGACUUCGUCAAUCAUAACAAAGUGUUCCUUACCAGAGUGUUCCCUAAUGGUAGUAGAGUGGAUUCGACGAAUUUUAAUCCACAAGACUUUUGGAAUUGCGGCUGCCAAUUUGGUCAAAUGAUGGAUCUGUACGAUGGAAGAUUUCGACAAAAUGGUGGCUGUGGUUAUGUUUUGAAACCGUUGAUAAUGCGCGAUCAAAUGUCUUUCUUCAGUGCCAACGCAAGAGAUAUGGUGCCCGGAAUGUCUCCACAAAUAUUGUACAUAAAGAUCAUAAGUGGACAGCAGCUUCCGCGGCCACGAGGUUCCACAGCGAAAGGAGAUGUGAUUGAUCCGUAUGUGUUGAUUCAAGUUUAUGGGAUCCCCGCUGACUGCGCAGAGAGAAAAACAAGGACCGUUUCAAACGAAGGAGAUUGCCCAAUAUUUGAGGAAAGUUUUGAAUUUCAAUUAAUGCUUCCAGAAUUGGUUCUCCUUAGAUUUGUUAUUUUGGACGAUGAUUACAUUGGAGAUGACUUUAUCGGUCAAUAUACCAUACCAUUUGAUUGCAUAAGGACAGGUUAUCGUCAUAUUCGUUUGCUGUCCAACACUGGAGAGCCUCUUGAAAAUGCAACUCUCUUUGUUCAUGUGGCUAUAACUAACAAAAAAGGUGGUGGGAAAUUGUUUAAAAAGAAGUCUAAAACAGAGAAAAUUCUUGUUGAUGUGCGAAUGAUUGGCCUGAAACAAAUCGAUGAUAUGCUGCGGGGAAUUUCCCAAGAAGUAGAAGAAGCUAUUAAGGUACGACAGGAUACAGAAAAUGCAAUGGAUGAUCUUCGAACAGAAUGUGGACUCAGUGAUGCAGCAAACAUGAAACAAUGUUUAAGAGUACUUCUUCAAAGAUUAUCAGCAUGUCAGCAAGUUCAAAACAUAUCUAUACAUGAGAGAGGAGGUCUUCCUAUGUUGAAAGUUGAUGCAACAAAUAUGCCUACGCAUCUUCAUCGAACAGUUGCCAUGCUUGAGAAAACAAUAAUUGAAUUCCAGUACAUGAUAGAUAAUAGUGAUCGACUAACAGAAAAGUUGAACAACAGUUUAACUGCACUACUAGAAUUUUAUGAAGAUUUACCAAAUUUAGCCAACAAUGCUGCUAUUAAAGGCAAGAAGUACAGUAAACUUCAAGAGAACUACAGUUGGGAUGUCAGGGUUUUAAGAGGACAAAUUGAUUUAUUGGAGUCCUGUAAAAAAUGUUGCAAACAGGCAAUAGCUCAGGUACUCAGUUCAGCUUCUAUGAUUGGAAAUUAUAACAAUAAAGAGAGGUCCCCAAGUAUAAGAAAUCAGAGAAAACUUAACCUUUGUUGCAAACGGCCAAGUAUUGAUGCCCAGUCUUCAGGAGCUCGUAGAAGUCCAACAUCACCAAUAUCAUUGAGCCCAGCUAAUGAAAUAAAGCCGAAGAGUAUAUUGAAGAAAUCAAAUUCCAAUAUUGAACAAGGAAGUGUUAAUUAUGCUAAUUUAUCACCAACGAACAGCACAAGAUCUAACUCCUGGAUUUCGGAAAGUAUUUCUUUGGAGAAAAAUGAAGGAUAUUAGGUUUAAAAAAACAUUAACAUUAGAAUCAUUUUAAAAAAACUUUAAAAUGACUGUGGACCUAAAAACUGUUAUUGUGCCUUGCAGGCUUAAUUAAUGUAAUGUGCAUAAGAUAGCCAUAAAAAUGUAUGCAAGAGUGUGAAUGAAUAGAAUGAUUGUAUGUGACAUUGAGUCAUAGAUAUUCCAUAUUUAUAGUUCAUUUUGAAAAGUAAUGGCUAAGAUAUCAGACUUGUUUAGUGUAUAGAAUAAAUUAUCUGGUGCCCACCAGUUGUACUCAGAUGUUCUUCAGCUCUCUGUAAACCCCCAAUAAAUAGAUAUAUUGCUGGAAAUGUGCAAAACCGUAGAGAAAUUGUGUAGUAGCUUGCAUACAGAGGUAAUCCCUACAAAAGACAAAUAUUGCAGCUCCUCUUUACAAUAGAAGAGUAUAAUUAAAAGUGUUUCUAUGAGUACAAGUGAAGAAAACUAUUUUUCUAACCCUGUAUUCAUGAUUUUUUCGUCUUUGGUUGUAAAUUUAAAUACAGGGUAUGUAAUAGGCAAUGCAUAUAAUAAAUAAUAGAUCAGUAUUGUUUAUAUAACUCGCUAUGUAAUUGUCUUUCCUAAAUUGACUACUAAUGUAGCAGUAGUAUAGAAUAAAUGACAUUAUUUAAGUUUUAAUACAAUAAGAUAUUAGUAUUCAAUGUCACUGUGUAGGUACAAAUUAAUGGACAUGUUGCUGUUAUAUAUUGUAUAGAAUUUUUAAAAUUAAAAUAUGUGAUGCACUUAUGCAUUGUACAAAUCUUAUGCCUAAGGGAUGUUGUGAUGACUUUUUUUUUUUUUUGAAAUGUGUAAUAUGUAAUGCUUGUUGUAUAUAUCUCUGCUGUUUUUAUUUACAGCAUGUCUGUCAAAAGUGUUUCUUCUACAAUGCAAGUUCUCAAUGAACUUUCCAUAAACAAAUGUACAUCAUGUAUUGUGGAUAUUUGUGCUCAAAUGAGUACAUAAUACUUUAUAUACUACCAGUUCAUACACAAAAAUUUAUUCAACUACUAAUCUAUAAUUUCUUACCAUGAUGAAAUGGACCACUUUCCAUCUACAAAAUAUGUACGAGUAUUAACACUUAAGAAGGCAAUCACUCUCUCUACCUUUCUCUAACAGUGUUUCUGUAGUCAGUUCAUGUAUUGGAGAUUUCUAAAGAGAAAAAUGUAUUGCUUUGGACCAUUAUUUUCAAGAGUAUGUCAGAUCAAUAAGAUUGAUUGACUGCAAUAAUAAAUAUUGCUGUUACUAUACACAAUGGGCACAUUGCAGAGUGUAAAUAUUUCCCCAUUAUUGUAUUUUUGUGGUAAAUAGACAGAUGGACUACAAAAAAAUAUUUUUCUCCAGGCUACAUUACCUGUAUAUCAUAAUUCCAAAUUUAUGUUUUGUUUAUUGUGAUAUAAAACCUAUUUUCCUUGCAUAAAAUUUGCUACUAUGGCAUGGAAGUGUGUUAUGAUUGUUUUCUUGUUGUUUUUUUAGUCAGCUCGUGUGAAACUUGCUAGUCUGGAUGCAGAGAUGAUACUCCAAAACUGAAUCAGGAAUUUGUACUUCAUUUUUUCUAAAAAAAUUUCUAUAUGAAUAUUCUCGAGAAAAAAUAAUUUGAGAAACAGAAUUUAAAAAACACAUUUUAGUUGGAGCCCUUUUAAAUAUUUUUAAAAUGUGGUGCUAAAAGAUUUCUCCUUAUAAAGAAAUAAAAUAUACAAAUACUCUUGGGUUAGAUAUACAGUUCCUGUACUAUACCUGUGUCUGCUACUCGUGUCUCUGUGUAGGCAAAAGAGGGCCCAUUUCUUGUGAUAUGAUAUGAGAUAGUAUUGGUGACACCAAAACAACUUUUAUACUGAAUUAGCCUUAGCUAACUUUCCUUGCAUUUGAGAGGUCUCUGAUGUUCAAAUCCUGGCCUAAUUGCACUUCAAUUUUCCUCGUGUCCCUUCUCAUUUAUCCAAUUUAUGAUUGAUCAUUCCUUCUAUUCACCUGGCAGAUGUAGUGAAAGAGGAAGGAAUAUGUUACCAGAUGGUGGAAAGAAGAAAUUUCCUCAGCUUACAAACUUUUGUCUGUGAUAUACAUAUCAACUUGCCAAAGAAUGCAUCAUAAAUAUGCAAAAUGGAAAAAAAAUUGUAUACUGAUUAUUCAUGCAUGCUUAUGUUGGAAAGUUGGCUUUGUUUAUCCCUUUAUUUUCUCUCUUCACUUUCUCAUUUCAUAAUACUGUUAUAAGACCUCUACUAAAACCUCGACGUAUACAAUUUCCUCAUUUAUUCUUUUCGUGUAUUUUGUUUGUGUGUAAGAAAAAUGUUUACAAAUAUUUGAAUACCACUUCCUGGUGAAGUUUUAAAACUGCUCUAAAAUCCAUACCGUUAUAUAUUAUAUAUAUGAGACUGUAAUGUGAUAUCACAUUGAUAUUUAAGUUUAAUCAUAGUCAUGAUUCUAUUUUGAAGAUCUCAUUCUUUGCAAAACAAGAGGUGAACAAAUUUUAAAUGAAUAAAACAGUAUUUCUCCUUAGAUAUGGUAAUAAACA